AUGUCAUUGAACAAGGAGACGGAACAAGACAACUUCUGGCUCUCAGCCAAGGGCCAGCAUGUCCGUGUCCCAUACCUACCAAACUUAUUCCUAUCCUGGAAAGCAAAGUUGCAUCCCGAUUACGAGAGAGCGAGAGACGAAGUGCUAAAUCCGUGGAUUCGAACAUGGGUUGACGAUGACAUGACCUGUCGUAAGCUCCAGAAGGCCGAGUUUGGAGUAUUCGCUGCCAUCCUGUGCGCUGAUGCGCCCUUUGAUCGGCUAUGUACGGUAGCCAAGUACUUUGCCUGGUAUUUCAUAUGGGACGACAUUCUGACCAACACACCAGUCUUCGACUGCGGCGCUCUACAAGGCCAGCCUCUUGCAAUGAAAGAAUAUCGUGAUGCCAGCAUGGAAUACAUCAAACACCAGCUGCUCCCCGAAAACCCAUGCCCAGACCUUUCGGUAUACCCUUUGGAGUUGCAAAAGGCGUUAGAAUGCUGGGAAGAAGUUGGCGUGCACAUUCGAAGCGUCUGUGAUCGAGGAACCUGCGAGGUCCUAUUCGAAGCUAUGCUAGCCUAUAUCAGCGCUGUUGGUGACGCCAACGCUCUUUUCCACGAUGGUAGCGUUCCGUCUGUGGAGGCGUAUUGGUGGAGACGAGACUACGCUGCGGGCGUUUAUCCCACCAUUGCUACUAUACCCUUCGCUCUUGGAGUGGAUAUAACCCCAGCAUAUGCUGCAAUCCCUGAAAUGCAGGCAUUAUGGAAGUCGACUUCAUAUCUCGUCCACAUAACGAAUGACAUGCUAUCCCUGCGAAAGGAGCUAAGAGACGGACAAAUCGAAAACAUCGUCCCGGUCUUGAUGCUCAAUGAGGGUCUUAAUAUCAACGAGGCAAUCCAGCGGAGCUACCAUUUCGCCGAAGAGAAUGCCCGCGGCGUUGAGAGUACAGGAGCAGCGUUGCUGUCCCGAGCAGACGGAAAGCACAGUGAUGUCGCGAAGGCAUUUACGCGCGGGUGCAUGGAUAUCGCCGCUGGUCUGAUUCAUUGGAGUUAUUCGGGUCAACGGUACUUCAAGGCAAGCGAUCUUGAUGCAGAGAACGUGCUCCAUUUUUAUGCUGUGUCGAAGGAGAAGAUGGUACAUGUGGGCGGUGUUAAUGUUAACCUCCCGAUCCUAACCCCAAAGAUGUAUUCCAAGAUACCGGCCGUUGCAGCUGGAUCCUUGGUUGCGAUGGUGUGUGGUGGGCUGUGGUAUCUGAAGCUAUUGGUCUAG